AUGUUUCAUUUUUAUCCGAUUUUUAUUCUUGUACUACUUUUCAAUCUUUAUUGUUCUUCAUUAACUAUUCCAUGUACUCAUCACAACAAAAAAGACAAAUUAUCACUGAGUGACUCGAAUUCACAGAAUGCUAUCAAACCAUUGGAAAACAACAGGAAUGAUCAAAAUUCGUAUGCUGACGUAUUUUGUACAUCCUAUGGUGUAUGUUCGGAUACAGGUGAACGAAAUAUUCUCAAUGGGGAAGAAAAAUCUAAACCCGUUAUGUCAAGUCUAUUUCAUGGCAUUCCGAAAUUUGGCAAACGUGAAUUCAGAUCACUAUUUGCUGGUAUUCCUAAAUUCGGUUAA